AUCCUAGCUGUCCUGUUCCUGGCUGCCCAACACACACUCUGGUCUGCCAGUGAAAGUCCUCCCUGCCACCCUCCCUUCCGCCACCAUGACCUUGUGUCACAUAGUGUCGUGUCAGACUUAUAUCACUGUUUACCUGAGCGCUGUCAGGUGUGAUAAUUGUGUGGUUAAUUAGCCAAUAACACGUGAGAGUAGUUUACUAGUGUUGCCAUGGGAUCAUCUUGCCUCAUCAAGACGUGCACCGUCAAGAAGGCCAAAGUCGGGGCGUCGUUCCAUCGCCUGCCCUGGAAAUAUCCAAGCCUUUUCCACACCUUACAGCAGGUUUUUGGAAACAGCAACGUUCGCGAACUUACUCGCUGGUCUAGGAUCUGUUCACAUCACAUCGCCCAGCUGGCGCCCCUGGCCACUACUGACGAGGUGGUGAGACGCCUUAUGGAGUAUUAUGCUUGGAAUGCCCGCAGCUACAAGAGAAUAUUCGAAUUAUCCAAACUUGAGAGGGUGAGCGAGCCUCAGAAGACCCAUGAAGGUGACAUGACCUUGACUCUGGAGGACCUAGUCAAGAGCGGAGUGUUUGUGGUAGGAAACAGUGAGAGUGACAGCAAAAGUGUGAGGGGCGAGGCAGCGUGUGGGGACUGGCAGAGUGUGGCCAGCAACAAGAGUGAUUCGUCCUUUCCCUCAGAGGAGGAUGAGGAGGAGGCCUCAGUGCGGAGUCUGGCAUCCAGCGGGGCGCAAGAGUCAGGUCACUACGUGGGCCAGUAUCUACUGCAGAUAUUGACGGGGGUUCUCGCUAACCAUCCUUCCUCAGGCGACCACAGUAUGAUCCCGGAUGACUGUGCGGCCGGAGCCAUGGACUCACCCAUGGACGAGGCUGGCAAGUCGAAGAAAACGGGAGGCGGGGAGGAGGAGGAGCAAGACAUUAAUGAUAACCAUACUAAACUGGCUGCUCAGGGAAACUCUAGUGGCGAGACUACUGAUGUGUUGACAAAUGGGGAGGUACAAACUAAGGAAAGUGAUAGUAAAGAAUCUAUUGAUGAGUCGAGUAGAACAGAUGAUUGUGAGGAGGAAAAGGACAAUAAAAUGGAGGUGGAAGAACCAGAGGAACCUCAACCUCAAGUAGAUAUUGAGGGAAGUGAAGAUGAGAAAGACUCUAGUGAAGAUGACGAGGAUAAGUUAGUGAUAAGUGAGGGUAAUGAACGGGGUACGGAGGAGUCGGCUGAUGAGAACUCUAAAGGAGAAGCUGCAGCUGCAUCACAGAAGAGUACAAGUAGAUCACCAACUCCAAAGAGAAGUGAAAAGCGACCAGCAGAAGAUGAGGCAGCUCCUGAAGUUGCAACAAAGCGACCAAGACCUUUAGAGGACAUGAUAUCCCUUGAUUCUCUGACCUCAGUCUCCCAAGUUGAGGGAUCUCUUGGCCAGGUGAAGCAGGAUCUUGAGGCAUUAGAGUUUUUGAUCAAACAGAAGGAAGAAGAAUGGAACACCCUUCUCAGAUUACAGAAACGUAAGGAAGAGUUGUACAUCCGACUGGCAAGAAGACGACACGUUCUCCUGAUGAAGAGUGGCCAAGGUGACGGAGAGGAAGAAGUUCAGGGCGAGGAAGGAAGUGAAGAGGGGCCGAGUAAUCUUAUGUUUCUACCUCAGGGAGGGUAUUCCUCCUUGGGUGGCCCACAGCUACCACUUAUGAUGAUGAGUCAACUGCUAGCAGGCUCCUCCUCACCUCAGUCUCUCCAGAUGCUACCACAAGUUUUAACCACAAAAGAAAACAGCCAAGGAGACGGUGGUGGCAGUAACAACAGCAAUAUCAGCGUAAUAGACAUUCACACAAGCAGUAACAAGCCUGGCGGUGAAACUCCAAAGGUGUCCAUGACUCCAGAAGCUCAUAGCAAACUGAGCAAGCAGCUAAGCUCUGGCCUGGCCUCCAUGAAGCCCAUACUACCUAAGCCACCAGGAGGCUUGGGUGGAAUACCAGGUCUUCCUUCAUCCUUGUCCUUCACAGCCACUGGUCAUGGUCCCCAAGGCCCCACAGUCAACGUCCAACACUUAAUAGCAGCUCAUCGAAAGGAGAACCCCAACACUCCUCCCAUCAGUUUGAAAAUCCCAACCAACAGGAGAGCCACAAGAGGGGCCUGGCGACAUCGCUAUGACGGAGACAAGCGAUCAUCCCGUGACCAGGACCGUCCCCCUAGUGUGUCCAGUUCCAGCAGUGAUGCAGAUACACGAACCACACCCUCAUCCAAGGGUUUCCUGGCCAUGAGCGAUCCAUCCGUAUCUUAUAAAGAUGUUCUUCUACGUUUUGCUGAACUAACUCAAAUAGAGAAGCAGCCUGGAUCCCCACAGAUCUCAAUUUUCCCUGUGGGUAGCAGUGAUGGGGGCCCCAAGAGGUCUGAUGGUAGUCGAGAGUCCACCCCCACAGUGAGGGACCACACCCCUCCUGCUGCUGCUCCUCCCACAACAAAGCCCAAUCUUGAAGCACCAUCAGCCCUAGCAAAGUUACUACUGGAGUCAAGAGCGAGUGUAUCUAGUGGCAACUUAACUAAGGCUGUUGGAGAGAGCGCCUCAAACUCUCAGUACCUGACACUCUCUGCUCUUCUGUCUGGUGGCUCUACUACAACUGUCAAAGAUAAGGUUGCUGCUCAUGCCCAGUCGGAAAGUCGGAGCAAGAAAUCGAGCCACCAGCCUGAAGAGGGAAGUGGGAAUCCCAAAUGUCAAGGAUGCCACAAACAACGAGCACAGUUUGUUUGUGCUGGUUGUGGAAAUCAAUGGUACUGCUCUAGGGAGUGUCAGGUAGCAGCAUGGGAGGAACACUCAGAACACUGUAAUAAUUAAGUAGUGAUGGGACUAUGUGUACAUAUCCUUGACCGUACCUCCAGAUUAGUGCAUAGGGGGGAUGCAAGAUCACCACAAGCAACUCAACAUUUAUAAAGAAAGUCUUCAUAAGUGCAGAAAUCAUGAUGGACUGUGCUGUUAUUUCCUUUUCAAAAUAAUCAAAUUUUGAAAUUUAAUAUCUCAUGCAUGAAGAAAAAAUUUUCUACCGUAUUUUUACAGUUACAGUCAACAUGACAAAUAUUGAACGGACCCUUGUCGGUGAUAAGUGUUGGAUCGUGUGUCUGUCCGCAAGACUGUAGAGAAGAAUUCACUCUCGAUAAUGAUACUGUGAUAUUUAAGUGCAUUUUUUGUAUACAAGAAGAGACUGUCGACAAAAUUGUUUUUAUAUGAAUCAUACAGAGGCUGUGUCCAAAAUAUGUAGUGUGUGAAAUCCCAGCCUCCUUUUGAACAACAGUGUACUGUAGUCUUACAUGAAUAUUUCCUUUUGAUAUUUCAAACUGUAGAACCUGACUUUGUAUGAACAUAAGUGCUGAAAUACUAAUGACACUACAGUAGUAAGUUUCUGGUAUGGGAUAGUUAUAGAAUCAAUUGCCAGAGUAUAUUUUGUACCAUACUUUGUUGCUUAUUGACCAUCUUCUAAGCCUGGAAGGUUUUUAAGUGCAGAUUUUAGGCCAAUCAUAUUAGAUAGAUCAAAUAAAGUUGUCUGUGAAUAAUAUAGACAUUUUAUGCAUUGAAAUUUUGCUGUAUUGAAAUGUAUUACAAUAAUAUUUAGGUUCACUUUGAAACCUGAAAUGUCUUCACUGUUAUAAAAUUUUAGUUUAAAAAAUAUGGACUAUCCUUAUGGAGUUUUGAUCUUAUUUGUUAUAUCAUGGUUACUUGUUGGGUCACACAAUACAGUACUACCUGGAAUAGUAUGUCUUUUAAAUAAGUUGAGAAUUGUGGCAUAUUUUUUAAUGAGGUUAAGACCAUUUGUGUCAUCGUUCAGAGGGAGCGUGUUAAGGUCUUCGAAACACUUGAGUCUUUUUAUUCUCAUUGGUACUUUUCUUGAAUUAUUUUGUCUUGGAUAUUUUUUUAUGCUUCGUUUAUUUAUGGUACAAUAUAUUCCAUGUAAUAUUUCUUUAAUGUUUUAAUUUGCCACCACUGUCAUCUACCUGAACUUUUGGAAUUACUUUAUCAAUUACUAUAUGCUUCAUUUUAUAAAGGAUAUUUACUUUGGAUAUAAAAUAAGCUCCUGGUCUUAAGUUGACCAAUUAAUUUAUGAAUUUCAGUGCAAAGUAAAUGUAGAUAAUAUUACAUCAAUGGUAAAUAUAAGCUUCAAGAUAUAGUUAAUUUUGUACAUCACUACCACGGGGGAAGCAAAGAGUUACUCUCUCUCACUUCAUCUUCCACAGUCCCACUCAGUUUAUGGUGACUGCCUGUACAUGUUUUUUUAAUUCCUUUACAAAGUUACUAUAUUCUCUUUCUCAGUCUUCUCUGUUUUCAUCAUUUUCUUUACCUAUUCCUCCUGCCAUAUUUUUGCUGUCACUUUUGAGUGUCUUUGCUCAGCCAAUACAAUUUUACCUUGAAUGUACUAAUUUAAAUCAGGUGAGAAGUUGCCAAUUGCUUUACAAAUGUAACGGCCAAACAAACAUCCAGACUUCCUCUGCCUGUGUUUUGUUUCACCCCCAUUUAAUUGGGAAUGAAAUAAAGUCAAUAGAUUUAGACAGAUAGAAUAAGUUGAAUCUUGCUGUUGCGUCAUCAAGAUGAUCACAAACUGAAUUGUUGAUAGAGUUGUACACAUAUGUAUCGAGUCUUUCUUUAACAUACUGUGCACCGAUUACACUUAAUAUGGACUGAAGUCAUUCAUCCCAAGGACCAGAAAACUAUAUGGCCAUAACUUUUGGAGAUUGAAAAUUGAAGAGGUUGAGUCUUUGAAUUUAUAAAUUAACAAUGAGAUAUAGGUCAUAUUGUCACUGUCCCUUAAAAUAUUUACUAACAUUCAGUUCUCAACACUAAUUCAGUGGAUCAUAUUUUUAGUUACCAACUUGAAGUAGAACAGCAAAAACAAUGUUAUGUGAGGGGAAGUAAUGAGAGACCAUAUUUUUUUACAUUUAGUGGUCCCAUUAAAGGGCGGCCCCUCUGAAUUUUUAAGUAUGAUAAUUGUAUCUUUUUAAUAUUUAACAGAAAAAGUUGUUCAAAAUGGUCCUCAAGCAUUAGUAGAAUCCUGUGGUAUGUAUUCCUAAUCUUGACUAAAUUUUACGUUCUGGUCUAAACUGUAAUUCAUGACAAAUAGGGCCCAUUUAUGUUGGAUGUGCUGAUGUGAGGCGAUCCUGGGUUGUGUGAAGCGACAGGGAUAAACCGGAUGUGUAUCGGGCGAACACCAUAGCAAAACACAUUUGGUAAGGCACUUAUAGAGAACGAAUGACAGUGAAUGAAAGGAGAGUCUGUGUUUGGUAUUAAUUCUGGCUGUUUUGUAAGAGUAACAAGGGCCUUGUAAGAGUGGGAAAAAAAAUUUACACAAAUUAAAAGUUUAUCAUCUUAAAGUUGAUUAGUAGAUAGAUAAGCUUUGAAAAGUGCUGUAUAUCCAAAGAUUUUCUUGGAUGGGUUAAUAAUAGUUUGUUUUGCUGCUGAAGUAAGUCCCAGUCCAGAAAUAUAUCUGGAUGAUUGAUGGUAAAGUACUGCACAAGCAAAGCCAUUAUUUCUCUUUAAUUGAAUGUGUGUGUGGGUAUUUUUCCUUGUUUUAGCCCUUCCCCUUUACUCUCUACUGUAGUUUUGAACCAAUUUUUCAUAUUUCUUCCCCAUCCCUUUAUUUGAAGCUUGAUGCCCUUCAUCCAUCCCACACAACAGUGGGAAAGAAGUGCUAAGUAGAUAUAUAUUUCAUUUAAAUACUCUAAGCCAAAUUUCCUAUUUUAAAUUUAAUACCACUGAAACAUCUUUCUGCAAUCAAUUUACCUAGUAGUACUUUUCUGUAUAUGGUUCACAAAGCUUCAUAUACUGGUCAUGAUUUUGCUGUCUUUUGAGAGGAAAAGAUGUUAACCCACUAACCACACCAUACCUGUAGUCUGUGGUCCUACCAGCUUGAGGGAGAUUAACUGCAUAAAGAUUAACCACACAUUUAAAAUGAAUAGAACGAGCAUGAUGAAGUGUACUCUGGUGCUAUAGUUGAACCUCCACUUUUGUUGCCGUAUUUUUGCUUAAAUUGAUAGGAAAUUUUGUGUUUUAUUUGGUGAACUAUGAAGAUCAUUCUGUAUUUGUUAUGGCCUUCUUGUUUGGAUUUUGUUUUCCAAAUUAUAUUUUCUGGAGAAGGUUGUGAGUGAGCCAGUGUUGCUUGGUGAGGUACAGUAAUGCCUAAUGUUGGUUGUGGACUUUGUACUUGAGGAAUACAAAUUAACAAAAACUUUACAGAUAACUCUUGGGAGAAAGUUAUGUUCAGUCUUGUUGUUUAGUUUGUAGAGGAGCUCUUUUGGUGUUUUUUUAAUACCAAUUAGUAAGUCUUCCUUAAUACAUUUUGCAGGGAUAUUUUAUAUGACACUUUUUUUAUACUGUAUUAUAUAUUUAGUAUAAUUACAAUCCAACACAAAGCCAACUUAGUUUUGUUAUGAACAGUAUUUCAGUAAUCCUAUUUUUCAGUUAGUACAAUAGUUUGCUAACAUCGGCAAGAACCAUUUAGUAAAGUGCCUUUUAUCUUGAAAAUUAAUUAUCUGUUCCUUAUCAUGGCAAUAUUUUUCUAGUCAUAUUUUGUCAAAAAGAAAUAUGUUUCUGCUUCAUAUUUUUAGUAAUUUGUGGAGUAGUGUAAAGUUAGUAGAGGUGGUGACCAUUUUCCCCAAUUUGUGUAAGAUUAGCUCAGCUGGUGACUAGCCCCCAUAGUAGCAUGCAAGACUAAACUUUCGUCCACUUUUUACUGACAUCAACAUGAAAGACUUUGAUUUUGACUUAAAUGUGAAAGAAUGAGAUUUGACCUUGACCAUAAUGGACUUGAUGGCUCGAGCAGAAUUUAUGUUGAGUUCGGUUGAUAUUCAUUGUUUGAGAAGGUACAGUAAUGGAGUUUCAAGAUUACAAAUAUUUUACAAUGCAUCACUCUCCUAUGUAUUGUAUUACUGGUUCAUUAUGGCAUCACUAUUAAUAAAAAUGCUGUAUUUCAUCACAUUGUCUCCAUAUAUAAAGAAAAAAUCCAUGUGUAGCUUCUGUUUCUAAAAUCACUUUACAGGUUUAUUUCACUGGGUUAAGGGGUGAGCUAGAGGUAGGCUCAGAGUGACAUGGAUUGUAAGAAAUGACCUCAGGGACAAGAACCUAUUGAGAGGGUGGCAAGCAGGGAGAACUACCAACCCACACAAGUGUGGAAAUGGCCUUAAAACGUUGGUUGUGAUGACAUUUCAUAAAAGGAAAUUUAAGAAAAUUUGCUGUCAUGUAUCAAAAAUAUUGAUUGUGAACAUUUAUGAUUAUAGUUUUGAAAAUUAUAUAUUACAACAAUAAUUAAUUAUUAUUUUGCACGAGUACUUGAUCAGUUGUAUAAUUUGUACGGGCUUUUAUUAUUUUACAAAAUGACGUCACAGAAUACAUGUACAGUAUUUUAUUUUCUGGAAUUACAAAGGCUGGGACUUUGACUUGACUAACCAGCCAACCUUGGGCUUGGAUUGCCUUGUGUCUGACUUGGACAUGGAUGUGGUCAAUAACUACAACUCUGACGAUUACUUACAUAUAGUUAAGGUAGUGACUUACCCCACUAUUGGUGUUUAGUGGAGGUGAUGACUAUAUUCCUCCUUAGUUUAGAAGUGAUACAGAUGGUGGCCACAUUCCUCUACUUCCUUUGUAACUAGUUUCCUCACGCAAUCAUAUUUAUCCCUAAUUUAUUAAAGGCUGCUUCAGUACCAGUCACUUCAUUUGUAAUUACAACUUGACUUUCUUCCAUCCUUUUGGCUUAUUUUUUAUUUACCGGUAAAUUUUCUUGAAUAAAAAAGCAUCUCCCUUUCUUUUAGCUUCAAUCACUUGGCAUAGUCACUCAGAUUUUCAAGGUACUGUACUCACAAAAACACAACAAUGAAAUGUCCUUGCUUAGUGGAUACAGUUUCUAAUAAUAUUGGUAUAGUUGUGCACGUUGAUGGGUUAAGCGUCAUAAUCAUUUACUAAAGAUUUCUUGACAUAGUAAAUCCUGCAGUAAUUAUAUUUUUAUGUACUUAAUGCUAUUAUAUGACCAUUUUAAUAUGAGAUAACGUGUAAUACUUAAAUCAACUUUCAUACAGCAUUAUACUGUACUUUCUUUUUUAUUUGUCUUGCAGUGACAGAAUUUAAGUUAAUGGAACCACAUAGCUGAAUGAUUUCCACCUCUUUCUUUAUACUGUCAUUGCAUAGUUUUACCAAUUCUUAAUAAAUUUCACAUUAUAAGUAUUGCUCAUGAGACUAGAGAAUAAAUGAGUUGUCCCAAGAACUCGGCAAAUAUCAUAGUGUACUUGGUUUUACAGCAGAAGAUUACAGGAGGCAAAGAAAAAAUGGCAGAGUAAUUUGCAUAUCCUUAAAGAAGGGGAUAGAAUAAUGGGAACUUGGGAGUGGUUUUAAUUUGCUCGUCUAUCUACUGAUUGUGUGGCGUCGUGUGCUUUUCAGGCAUGUCACUCGUUUCCUUUGAUGUACAUAACGUAACCUUUCCCAAAUUAUAGUUAAAAAUACAUGCAGCCUUUUGCCUUUUCAUACAUUUGUUGUAAGUAUAGUUGAAGAUUUGGAAUUCCACCCUUUAUGACCUGAGGGUUUAUCUGUAAACUGCCAUGUUUGAUCUAACUAUUUUGGCAAGUUCUUGUGCUACAGGUGCAAAUGAUGAGUACGUUUACGAGUGUAUGAUUGAAUAUGAGCAAGUUGGUUAGGGCUUCAAGGUAUAUUUAAGUUGUAAAUAGUUUUUUAUGGUUUCAGUAGAGAGAGAACUUCUCAUUGACUGAUGGUUUGAAAGGUAAGUGUGGAGACCUCCAAUAACCUCAAUUCAACACAAUCAGUCAGUCAUGCAGAUAAUACUAAACUCAGAGGAACAAUGUCUUAAGUGUUUUUUCCAGUUUAAGGAACAAUGUAUAGGUUGGGAGAAAGUUAACUAAGGCUCCUUCUUACAGGGCUGAAUAUAGUUACCAUGGUUACAGUUAACCUUGUAAGUUAAGAGGUUUAGCUCACUUUGGGACUACCUAUUGAACUGUGUUGGCUUAAGCCAUGAGAUGUAUAUUUCACGAUAUGUAAUGUAACACAAUAUUUUUCUUUGAAGAGAUUCAUCGAGUUUUGUUUUUCUUUAUCGUGUCGGGAGAACGAUCCCCGGUAAAUCUCCGGUAAGAACAAUUUUGUCAGUUGCGUUUCAAAAUGGAGGAUGUUGUCCAGUUUUUCAUCAGUCUCACGUAACACUGUCAUGGUUGUGUUUCUCCUUAAUGCAUGUUCUGUAUACACUCUUCUUAUGAACUACCAAAGCUUAAACUACCAAUGAAGCUUAUUUGUACCUGGUUCAAUAAUUAAUUUAGAAUGAAAAAAUAAAAUACAAAAUUUGAAUCAUGCAGGUGAUGGCUAUACUGGACAGCAUUUUUAUUUUUAAUGACCAGGGAAGGGACGUAUGAUAGCUUUUGUUUAUUAAAGAGUACUAGGGUAAUGUGAGUACAAAAAUGCUUUUAUUGCCCAAGACUUUCAAAAUUUAAUGUAAAAAUAAACUUGAUUAUCAAUAUUCUGCUUAACCCCUUUAAUGUAAUGAAUAAUCCUGCAGGUUUGUCAUAAUAGCCAUUUUUUCAUGCACUUCAGGUGUUAGGAGCAUAUGACAACAUUGCUGCUGCUGUUAUUUUGGAAAAGAAAAAAUUUCAAUAUUUAGAAUGCUCUCCAAUUUUAAACACCUCUGCUAUCAUGUGUUGAAGAAUACUGUUCACUCUGUCUUUUCCUGAGCUAGCAACACUAGUGGGGAUGAAAAUUUGGCACCAUGAAGAAGUGUUUGAGGCUUAAAUAGGAAUAGAGUACAAGGGGUUAAACUAAAUGAUGGAUGAUGAAGGCAUUGGUGUGCUCCCUGUGUUGUGGUGCUGCUCCUCACAGUUCUUACUGAUUCAUCUUUUGAUUUCUUGCUUCACUUAAGAGGCUGUGCCACUGUAAAUUGCAUUGAUUCCGCUUUCUUCAAUAUAUCUUCUGCCAUUGCAUUGGUAUUUAGUGAUUGAAAUUUUAGUUCUUGAUAGCCGGUCAUUUAAUAGAAUGCAGAUAUAGCAUGUGCAGCUUUUUAAUGUAGUUUCCAGGGAACUAAAUGCCACACAAUUUGAAGCUUGCUAUAAAGAUUAAUUAUUAUAGUUUGAUGUAAUCAACAAUGCAAAUGAUGUUUUUUCUUUUUGCAUGUUUUGCUGUAAUCAGAGCUUUAUUGAAAAGAGUGAAUCAUGCGCACUUGUUAGUAGUUCUGAACUAUCCACUUUCUUCCUUGGUCAUAUCCAUUGUGAUAGGUUUAGAACGGGAACCGAGUACCUGGAGAUUUAUCUAAGGUUUGUAUAAAAAAUUCUUACCCAAAAAUUACUCAAAAAAAUUAACAGCGAGGCGCAGACUCCGAUCUGGCCCGAAUAACCAGCAGUCACUGCCAAGAUGUAGAAAAUUCGGCCUGUCGUCUCCAACAGUGGGAACUGGGCUUGAAGUCUGAGAUAAGUACUGCAGAGUUAAAACUAAAGUUACGGAGUAAGAAUUUAAUGUAUUAUAUGUUUUGUCUGUGCAUAAGCCACCAAUGUUAUAUGUUUAAUGAAUAAUUUUGUCUGUCACGCUGUUAUUAGCUGUUUAUGUGCAAAUGAUAUAUACUGUUCAAGAGAUGUUUGGUAGGAUAGUGACAGUCAUUUUGAUACAUCAAAUUGAAUUCCUGUUAAUUUUCUUGAACAGCAUCUGCAUUCUCCAGAUCCUCCACUAGCUCACAGAACAUGUUGAUGUCACUACAAAUCUUGAUUCGACUAUUGACAUACCAGAUUAAUGAUUAAUAUAAGCAUAAAGUAUCCCUCUGCCUCUUGUGAACCACAAGCAUCUGUCUUUACCAAUAUUGCAAGUUCCAUUCCAUGAGUUUUAUUUUAAUUAGACUGCGGAAUUCCACACUAGCCCUCUUAAUGGCUAUCCCCCCUGCUUCAAAGAGUGUGCGUGCCAGGUUGAAUUUUUUUUGUAUUAGUUUGCUGUUUAUAUUGAAUCGAAUCAUUUUUUAAUAAACAUGGUGAAAUCCUU